CAACUGUCCAAUCACUGAGCUUGAACGACUUGGUUGUUGGUGGUGACGCUGGAAAAUAUUUUUGUUGCUGCUGGAAGGCGAGACGCCUGAGUUGGGAGGAUUAAUGGGGAUUGCAUGACCUAGAAUUCGCCGACGCGUUAGUGUUUUCUCCUUUUUUUAACCGAUCAUUAACGUUGAGUGAAAUCUACGUGUUUCACGUCGACGAUGUCGGUGAACAUGGAUGAGCUCCGGCACCAAGUGAUGAUCAACCAGUUUGUUUUGACCGCUGGUUGUGCCGCUGACCAAGCAAAGCAGCUCCUCCAAGCAGCUCACUGGCAGUUCGAGACUGCUCUAAGCUCCUUUUUUCAAGAAGCCAAUGUCCCCAGUCAUCACCACCAGAUGAUGUGCACACCGCGAAAUACACCAGCCACCCCACCCAACUUCCCAGACGCCAUCACCAUGUUCUCCAAACUGCGGGCAUCCGAAUGCAGCGGCGGCAGCGGAAGCACUUCGGCGGUGGGCCCCACGGCCUGCUCCCCGCCUCCCUCAUCCUUCUGGGCCUCCUCCCCGCCCAGCCACCAGCCAGUCUGGCUGCCCCCCUCAUCCCCCACGGGCCAUCACCUACACCAUCACCACCACCUGCACCAGUCCCACAUGUGGCCACCCGUGUCCCAGCCUGGCAAGACCCAGCAGACGCCCGUUGUGUCUGCGCUGCGCGGUCAGAGAUGAGACUUGAGAGCCGGGCAGGAAUUCCUGAGGGGAUAUAGGGGUCGAAGUAUUAGCGAAAGCGGAUGGUGGCGAGUGACAGAGACCCGUAGUUUUUUUCCAUUUCUUGAAAAAAAAAUCUUUAUUAAAAAUGUUGUUUCCUACAUUUUUGUCGGUAAUUUAGGUACAAAUAUCCAAACCUGGGGAGAGACCACUACUAAUAUAAAUCCGAAAAUGUCUAAAGUGUCUUUGAAGCAGGUCUCCUAGCGCCUACUUUCAGGCAUAGAUCACUUUGGGAGGAAAGGCAGUUGCCACAGCAAUGCAAACAAGCUUGUGACUAAGCACUGGAAACAUUUGCAAGACUCUGAAGGAUUUAGGGCAGGGAGGCUAUAUCCAUAUGGCCUGACCUGCCUCUGCCUGAUGGGGGGAAAAAAGGACCCCUUGUGUUCAGUACCCCAAGUGUAAUAAGACCCUGCUGUUGCUUCAGCUGCAGCAUUUGUAGGACUGGCAGUGAAAAAAAAGUGAUCCUGGAGGCUGCUGAAGGAGCCUUUGUGCUUCGUUUGUGUCGAAGGAGAACAAUGUGGACCUUCGGGAACAUGAAGCCUUCAAAUCGGAUCAUUGACCCUUUGGGUUCGGUUUUUCUUCUUCAUGAAGUAAAGUUGUUUCGCUUGGUUUAAGAACAAAUCUAUGGAUUUAGUGUUUUUUUUUUUUUUUUUGGUGUGUGAACAUUUCUGCUGAGCUCAAAAAUAAUGGAACAAAGGAAUUUGACAACAGCCCAGCGUGACUCACUAAAAGGUCCUAGCGGACACGUCAGGAUUGGUUGUAGUCCUGUCACUGGUUUUUGUUGACAUCUAACAAUCUGAGAUUGCUUUUUUUAUUUCAAGCUGUUUUUAUGGAAAAGUUUUGAUGAAUCCCGUGUCUGACCACAAAGGAAGCAGUAUACUAAGUGUUGAAUGCAUUGUUUUAUGUUAUCUGCAUAUUCUGAGUUUUCAGAAUAAUUUCACAAAUGGUUAGUGAUUUGUCUUGGGGUGCUUUUCCACCGCACCAGCACCAGCACCAGUACCAUACUAAUAAUGUCAGGCUGGAUGAUGUGCGACAUUAAUGCCAACAUUGCAUGUUAUGCGUGUGCGAAUCUUACAUUGAUAGUCAGCAAGAUUAUGUUCAGGCUUUUUCUUACCUUCAAUUCCAUACGCACAUUAUAGCGCAGGGAAUUUGUUUCACUAAAACAUUUUUACUCUCUCACAGGAAAAAAAACUUGGCAAGUUUUGCAAUUUUAAUGAUUAUUCCUUUUCAAGAUUAUCUAGUAUGUUUAAAAAAUCAGUUUAAAAUUUACCUCCGCUGCUUUUGCAUGAGCGCUGCAUGCAUUCUCUGAGACAAUCAAUCAUUUUCCUCCUUACUGUUUAAAUCAUUCCUGGACAGUAUUGUGAAAAAUUUAUGUUGAACUCAUUUUUUGCUUUAUAAAUACCCAAAUAUUUCAUACGACAAAAUUACAUGGCAAUAUAGGGAUAUAUUAUUUUUAUUUCUUGUCAUGCCAUCCUGAUUUUGUUGUAUCUGAUUUUCCAAGCAAAUCACAAUUAAAGCUUGGGUCUCUUCAUUUGUCCUCACAUCCAUCAUUAUUACCUUUGUUAACGUUAUUUUCUGAGUUUGUAACUUUUUUCAAGACGGCGGUUGUAUUGUGUUUCCAGGCAGGGUAUUUGCAUAACCAAUCCACAAAGAAAGUGUUUGCAAGUACCAAAGAAGUACUCCAGCUGGUUUGGUACUUUAGGUACUGGAAUUUUUGGUACUGGUACUUGACUGGAAGUCAAUGGAAAAGAGAAAGUACCAAAAGUAUGGUACCUGGUGCAGUGGAAAAGCGCCCUUGGUCUCUUGCAAUGGAUGCUGGGAAAACUGAAGCAAUUAGUUGAUACUGUUCUAUAAAUCACAUUGGAAGGUUAACAAUGCAGUCAAUACAAGCACUCUUCUACCUCUUCCUGGUGGGAGCAGCAUUUUUCAUGCACUGAAUGUACUGUUGAAAAUGGGCACUUGGCAAAGUGUAGAGCUGUGUUGAGCACAAAGUCAGUUGGAUGAUUUUAAUUUAUGUGCAUCUUUGUCCAUUCUCUAGUGGAUCAUAGCAGUCAUUCCACCAUUUUUGCUCUGUUCUGUGGCUUUUUACUGAUAGAAGAGAGUUAACAGGAGUCCACUGAAAUCUGGUGAAUAUAUUUUUGGGAUUCUUUUUCUCUCUUCCGUCCCGUAAAACUACUGAAGGUAAUUGCCAGCUGAGCGGUGCCUGAGGCAGUGGUUCCCAAGCCGGUCCACAGCGAACCCCAGACAGUCCGAGUCUUUGUCCCUCCCAGCUUCCUGCCAGACGUUCUACAUUUUUGCUCAGCUGGGAGAGAGCAAAAACGUGGACUAUCUGGCGGUCGCUGUGGACCGGCUUGGGAAACACUGGACUAAGGUGUGUAGGGCCACAUCUGGUAAUAUUUUACGAAUAGUGUGUUUUAGGAUUAAGAUGAUCUGGUAUGUGAAAAGAGAUGGUUGCCCUUGAGGAAGUAAGUUUUAGGUCUGCAAGCGAUGGGUUUAAAUGGUCUUGUGGUACAGAUGUGCUUCUCAACCUCCACAGUGGUUGCAUUUAUGAAUCUAGUAGAUUAACAGUAAUCUUCGCAUGAGAAUUAGCAGAACUGACACGCAAGAACAUCCAGAUCCUCUUCUUAUCUGAUUUGGGUUGUGUCUUGGCGGGGGGGCUGUGAUGCUGAUUGGAGAUUUAAGUUUGCCUGUGUGUUUGUCAUUUCACUUUGUGGCUCAUCACAAUGGUUUAUGUUUCUCGUUGCAUGCAUUUCACUUCUUAUAGAAAGUAAAAUGCAUUCAUUCUUCACAGACAUCACAUUCGUCAAAAAUGGUGUACUGCUUUCUUUUGACUUUUUAAGAUUUUGAUUCAUGGGAUGGUGUUUUUUUUUUAAAAUAAUAAAUGUGGAAUGUCAGGACAUCAGGUGGGCAUUGGAAUGCUGAACAUGGUCAUGUGAUGUGAGUCAUGUGAGCAGCUGUGACCCACACCAAAGUUCUGGUCUGUCAUUUCAGACCCUGCUACACUAAGCCAUUGUACAAUCUCUGGGAUCGACUUCCAUCUCACAGGGACAGUAGGAGCGUGCAAAUGAAACACAUGCACAUCUGCAUUGUUCUGCUCAGAAAAGGAUAAUACAUAUGCAAUGAGAAAUGAUUUCAUUGAAAUCCUACCAUGACAGGAGUACUUAAUUGUUGUAUUAUAUUGAUCUGAUGCUUAAAUCUGACUGGUGAAGUUUGCGUGAAGGCAGCCUUUGGGGAUUGCUGGAAACAAGCUGAUUUUCUUUUUAGAAACUUCUCAUUUGGGAUGUUCUUUAGAAGCAAUGGGUGUUUGAGCUGGGACUGUGAGUUGUGUGUAUACUGAAAAGAACAGUGGAAAAAUUUUAACCAUAUUGUGACCACAAUCACAAAAUGAUGUUGUCCAUGGUGAAAAUUGUGACUAUGCUUUUGAGCAAAAUGUUCAUUGUUAAAUAGAAAUUUAUACAUUUAAAAAGUGAGCAAACUACAUGUUGCGGUGCAUCCUGGGAAGGUUAAUGUGUGAACACGACCUUAGUCACUUUGGAGACGAUACACUUUCUGAACCUUAGCAACCUGAAAUUUCUUUUUAGCUUGUUUUAUAUUCCUUUUGCUUUGUACAGUUUUAGCAGCUGCUGGAAAAGGAUGUAUAACUUUUUUUUUUUUUUUUUUUGUAUGGUUAGAAAGCAUGCAUUGCUCAAUUCCGUCAUGAGAUUUUUCUAUCCAUGCGUGACAUAUGUAACUAUGAUACUUCAUAUCAAAAAGGAAAACAUUUUUUUAUGUAGCUAAAAGAAACAGCAAAUCAAGUUGUAGUUUUUGGAGUUCUUUAGUAUUUUGCUACUUACACAAAUACCAGCACAGUGAUUUUUAAAAAGUAACAAACAAAAAAAAAAAAAACAUUAAUGAUGAUCUCAUCCACACCAGCUACUCCAGGUUUCUCCAGUGGGCUUUUCAGUUUCUCAAUCCAGAUCCACGUCAACAGAUACCUCUCUGAUAUUCUCCACCACACUGGACCUUUAGUCAGUUUCUGCUUUUUCAGAUGAAGCAAUAAAGUAGAAUCAGGCAGAUUUUUUUUCCUGUCUGCGAAAAGACUCUCAUGUGGAUUUUGUGUGUCUUUGCUCUAGUUGAUUUUUGAUUAAAAAGAAAAAAGAAAAACAUGGAUGACUAUGCUGUGGUAUGAUGAAAAUAUCAAGCAGUUUUGAACAAUUUGGUUAUUGUGUGAUUGAUCAUUUCUAGCUGCAUAUAAAUAUAGCGCUGCAUAUUCUGUGCCUGAUGGAUACGCAAUGCAGAAAUACUGAAUAGUUGAGUAGACUUUGAGAUGAGUCUCUUAAAACUUAACAGUUUGAAAAUAUAUUGUCAGAGGUAACGUUCUCUAAUUUUUAAACCUGAUUUUGGUUAAGCAGAGAAAUGUGCAUUGUUAGAAAGUGGUCAAUGAAUAAACCGUAUGUUAUGCCAAUUACAAUGUGGUUUUGCUAUAACAAGGUUUUGAUACAAAUUGUUUGAUCAUUAUCUAAUGAAUAAGCAGGAGGCUGUCUGGAGAGUCAUCACUUAAUAACGUAAUUGGAUGCUAUUUUUUGUAAUUUCAUUUCUGGAUUUAUUUCCCUGGUUGAAAUGUGUAUUUAUACAUUUUAAAAUAACAUGGUACAGUAUCAUUUAUUACCAGUGUUUUGUUUUUAUUCCUUAAGAGCAGCUGAUUUACUGUCAUUGCAAAAAUGACAAUGGACCCAAAAUAUGAGUCACGAAGAGCUUGAGGAAGAGAGAAAUAUGAAACAUUUCUACUUACAAUAAAUAAUACACCAGUUAAA